AUGAGUAUUAGUGUGAGAAACAAAGGCGGGAAGAAAGCCUCACUGGCUUGCUUAUUUACUACUAGUGCUCUUCUAGUAGUCAUAAUCUCUUUAUGUUUUCCAUUUUCCGCUAAUGCAGUAGCUCCAAAGUCACACUUUGUGCCACGAACAAUUAAAGUUAAACCUCGUGCUCCACCGCCAAAAGACUCUGCGCCAUCAACAAUGCUACCUAAUCUGGGGAAGAAAAGUCCGGCAGUGCCGAAUCCAUUACCACCACCAAGGAAGAAACCUCCAACGCACAGCCAAGACUCUGCGCCAUCUACAAUACUACCUAAUCUGGGGAAGAUAAGUCCAGCAGUACCAAAGCCAUUACCACCACCACCAAAUAAAUCUCCACCACUUUAA